AUGACUUCAAAAUUCCAUGUCAAAGAUGGGCAGAAAGGGGCAGUGGACACAAGCACCCCUACCCAUGGUGACAUCGGUCUCGGCCAAGUGGUGGAGAAGCCCCAGCUUAAUGUGUGGGAAGCACUCGAUGUGGAGUCCAAGGACCUUUACGAAGAAGCAGGUUUCGUCGAGACUGAAGUCAAUCAGGCGCGGGCCCUUGCAGAUUCUCUAACCCUCGAUGAAACUAAACAAAUUCUUCAAGACUUUGUGAACACCUAUCAACAUGACAUGCUCAUCUCACGGGUCACAAUUGAACGUGCGAGAACUCUCUUGGCCGAUUUGAGCGCAAUCAACGAGCCUGGAUCGAAUGUCGAGUACAAUGCCCGAAUUUGGGCAGCGAUUUUACAAUCCAACUCCGUUUAUCGCGAAGUGCGCGCCGUGACUGAUCCUGUUGAUGAUACCAGCAUCCCAUGUGGCACGAUCCGAGCAUGGGUAAUUGGUCUCUUUUGCGCAUGCGGCCUGGCAGCAAUCAACCAAUUCUUUGCGCCUCGUCAGCCCGCCAUCACAGUCACGGCGUAUUUGGCACAGCUCAUUGGUUUUGGUCUAGGAAGAAUUUCUGCAUCAAUUCUACCCAGUACUGUCUUCCUGCGGGGAUCGCAAUUCGAAUUCUCUUUGAAUCCUGGCCCUUUCAAUCUCAAGGAGCAGACAUUGAUUACAAUCAUGGCUAAUGUCAGCUACGCAACUCCCCAGAUCUCAACUUUGUUCUUCAUGCAACGGCUGCCCAUGUAUCUUGAUAGCCCCUGGGCUGCAAGCUUUGGCUACGGCAUGUGCAUGAUGCUAAGUACCCAGUUGCUGGGCUACGGCCUGGCGGGCAUGUGCCGACGGUUCCUUGUCUAUGAGCCAAGCAUGGUCUGGUUCUACGUCCUCUCUCAACUCUCCAUGAACAGAGCUUUUUUUACGCACAAUGAGGCUACUUCCCACGGUUGGAAGAUUUCACGGUUUCGGUUUUUCUUUUGUGUGUUCGGUAUUGCGUUUAUAUACUACUGGAUUCCAGGUACAAUGUUCCCAACAUUAACCUUCUUCAAUUGGAUGACGUGGAUCAAGCCGACGAGUGCGACGCUGGCCAUUGUGACCGGAACCUACUACUUCAACAUGGGGUUCAACCCACUUGCGACAUUUGAUUAUCAGUGGCUGGCAACCCUGGACCCAUUCGUCACACCCUUCUUUGUCAUCUUUCAGAUCAUCAUGACCCUCGCCUUUUGGGGUAUCUGCGUUAUAAUGCCUGUUUUCUUCACCAAUACUUGGUACACAGGCUACUUACCCAUCAACUCAUGGUUUUCCUACGAUAACAAUGGGCAGGUCUAUGAUACCUCAAAGAUCCUCGGUACCAACCAUCGCCUGAAUCAAACUGCAUACGAGUCAUACUCGCAGGUGUUCCUUCCCGCGGCCGUUGGACUUCGGUACGCUGGCAUGAUGUGCAUCAUUCCGGCUAUGCUUGUCUUCACAGCAUUAUACCAUGGUUCUGCAGUCUUGGUGCUCAUGAAGAAGAUUUUCAAGGGGGCUUCUCAAUUCUCUGGGCACCGGGACGUCCAUACAAGGCUGAUGAGUAAAUACACUGAAGUGGGCGAGUGGGUCUACUUACUCGUUGCGGCCGGAGCUGCGGGCCUCGGCUUUGCGGCCUUUUACGUAUGGCCUACGAAUGUUCCUGGAUGGGUAAUCCCGAUAGCCUUCGUCUGCAGUGCAAUCUUCAUCAUUCCAAUCGGUAUCGUAUGCUCGAUCACAGGGUAUUUGACCGAUCUGGAAAUCAUUUUCAACAUUAUUGGCGGUUGCGUCUGUGACGGAGAUCCGAUUGGCACCUUUAUCUUCAAAGUCAUGGGUAAAGGAAUUGUUAGCCAAGGGGUCUACUUCAUAUCUGACAUGAAGCUGGGUCACUACGCCAAAGUACCACCCAUUCAAAUGAUGCUAGCUCAGCUCGUUGCUACCAUCUUCGCUUCUAUAGUUAGUCUUGGGAUCAUCGAAUUUCAAAUCACAGGUAUCGAAGGCAUUUGCGAUCCUACCAAGCAGUCACGCUUCAUUUGCUCCAACGUCUCCCUUCAAUGGACAAGCGCUAUUGUCUGGGGCGUCAUUGGGCCGAAGAGGCUCUUCUCGCCCGGUAGUCUGUAUCGGUUCUUGCCAAUUGGGUUUCUUGUCGGUGCCCUUUGGCCGCUGGGAUGGUGGGCAUUGCAGCGCAAGUGGCCGCAGAGUUUCCUGCGCUAUGCCCAUCCCAUUGUGAUGAUGGUCGCACCGAUCCUCUGGGCCCCCCUUAACUUCUCGAACUUCUUCCAGUCGUUGCCAAUAUCAUGGUUCUUUGGCUAUUACGUCAAAACGAGAUUUCCGACUUGGUGGGGCAAGUAUAACUACCUCAUAUCUACGGGUCUGAUCACUGGGAUUGCAUUCUCCGUCUUCAUCCAGUUUUUUUCACUAAGUUACAAUGAUAUCUCCUUCCCGGACUGGUGGGGUACAACCAAGUUUACGACUACCUGCGACCUGCAGGACUGUCGAUACCUUACCCUUGCACCAGGCGAGACAUUUGGGCCCAGCGAGUGGCAUUGA